UGUUCUUAUGAAGGAUAUAAAUUGAAUACGAACAGGUUGAUUAGACUCUUUUUGAGAUAAUAAAUAUAUCGAUUGUUUAAUAAUUUUAAAAAUAAAACAUUUUGUUUUCUGGUUUUUGAUAGUAGAAAGAAAGUCUUUUAAAAUAACUGAUUCUGAUAUAACAAAAGAUUGUGAUGACUUUUUACAAUUGGGUAACAAGACGAGAAAAUGGUUUUAAACCAAAAAUUGGUGAUGAAGAUUUUAUUUUGAAAUUGAUUUACAAAUCUUUGAAACCUUGGAAUUACUGGAAUGAAGAAUAUUCUUCAAUAAAAAACACAUCGGAUUUUGGUGCUGUUUUCAAUUUAGAAUUUUCUCCAGAUGGAAAUAUAUUGGUUGCAGCUUGCGAAAAAAAAUCUAUUGUGUUGUAUGAUUCCACAACUACAAAACAAACAAAGGCAAUUGUAAAUGCCCAUACAGACAAUGUAAAUUGCGUAAAAUUUUUGGAUAAUAGAACUUUUGCAACUUGCUCGGAUGAUACUACAGUGGCAAUUUGGGAUGUAAGAAAUUUAAAUAGUAAAGUUCGAAGCUUACAGGGUCAUUCAAAUUGGGUUAAAAAUAUAGAAUAUUCUCAUAUUGAUAAUCUUCUUGUUACAUCUGGUUUUGAUGGCAGUAUUUAUACGUGGGACAUAAGUUCAUAUACAGAACAAAGUUGUAUAUACCAAAAAGUGUUUCAUACUUCCGGUUUAAUGCGCUGUCGACUAACACCGGAUGCAAAAAAAUUAAUCAUAUGUACAACAGGAGGCUAUCUCAUUAUAAUACAUGAUCUAAAUUUAGCAACUCUGGCAAAAGAUUUAAAUGGCUUCAAGCCAAAUAUAUAUAGGUUAAUGCAAUUAGGUAGACAAUUUAUUCCAAAUGCUGCGAAGUUUGACAAUAUAUUCUCAAAGGAACAAAAGCGUAAUCGUGUUGAACUAGUCAGUGAUUUUCCCGAAAAAAAUGAUGCAGAAAUUGUUUGUGCGCUUCAGAUUCAUCCACAAGGGUGGUGCUGUCUCUCACGUAACAUUAGUUAUGAUCAAAGUUCGGAAUGGACCUGUUUGCAUGAUAUCCAGGAGUGUGCAACCGCAGAACGUGAAGUAUAUAAAGAAAACGAGUCUCAUCUUCCUGUGAAAAAACGCAAAUUAAGUGAAACGGAAAGAAGUAGUACAGUUGGGAAUAGUAAUGACCGUCCAACUACUUGUGCUAAUAAUAAUACCUCAAAUAGUAAUAUUGGAACAAGAUCAACGCCACUUUUAGCCAUGGCAAGUGCUAGUAUAACAAGAAAUGGAUCAACAGAAAACAGAAAUAAUGAAAAUGCCAAUCGAAAUAUGUCAGUAAAUGGGUCUAACCGAACUGAAACAUAUGGGUCAGAUAUUUGGGCUGCCGAAGUAACAGUGCAUGACCGAGCUUUUCGAACUUCUUUAGGUGUACGUAACUCUGGCGCUCAUGCUUAUGCUUAUGUUUACCCUAUUAGUAGCGGUGUGAUACCUCUUAGCAGAUCAACUGCGGAACUAAAUCUAUUUGAUAGGACAAAUAUGAGAAUUUCUUUAUCCUCUCGCACACCUUCCAAUAACGAUGACGACGAUGAUGACGAUGAUUUAGACGAUGAGGAUGAUGAAGAUGAUGAUGACGAAGAUAGUGAAGAUAUCAAUUUAACAUAUGAUAAUUUACAAUUUCUGCAUGGUUCAAGCACUAGUAGAAAUAAUAUUAAUGAAAAUAAUUCGCAAAACACAAGCCCUUUGACGAGUUCCAGUAAUUUAAUAUGUCCAGCAAUAAGUUUUAUAAAUAGCAACGCAAAUCGCAAAAUAUAUAUUAAUCAUAAACGAUUAAUGUAUUAUAUUGAAGAGCCAACCAAAGGACAAGGUUUUAUUAAGGAGCAAGCAUUUUCAGCAGAUGGUAGAAUUAUAUGUUCGCCAUACGAAAAUGGGGUUAGAUUAUUAGCAUUUAAUGAUGACUGUUCCGAUUUACCAACAGCCGUAUCAUGCAGUGCGUACAAGAGACCUCAACUGCUUAAGGAAAUAAACAAAAUUUCAACUCAUAAGGACAUUGUUGUUAGUUCUAGAUUUAACCCAAAAUAUCCCUUACUUGUUACUGGCUGUUUAGCUGGAAAUAUAACUUGGCAUCAGUCCGAUUUUUAAAAAUUCAAUAAUUGAAAAUGUUUAUUAAUUAGCUAUUACAUAAAAUAAUAAGACUAUGUAUUUAAUUUUGUUCGUACUUAGGUAUUGGCUUAAGAGAAUUUAAAAUAAAAACGAUUUAGAUAUAAAUAUUUUUUAGUUUAAUUAAUAUACAUAUAGUAAAUUUUUCCAAAUCUUUCUUUUUUCCUGAAUUUUUUCCCAAAUUUGAAUGUGCAAGCAUUUAUUAAUUUAAUUACAUUUAUUUCGUUCUUAAUACUUUUGUAUUUAAACCAUAAUGUAUUAUGUGGUGUUCAUUUAUUACGUAUGUAUACUGUAGGCUGUACAGACAUUGCUUUAUUAGAUUGACUUCACUGGAAUAGCUUUAGUGUAUAGUAAAUAAGUACUUUAAUAAAAAAAUUUAAAUUAAUAAAAGUAUUAAUUUCUUUAUAAAUUUUAAAUUACCACCAAAAGUAUUUAAAACCAUUAAAAGUG